AUCAUCUCUUACAACGUGGGAACCCUGCACGUCGUACUUUAGCUCGGUGUUGGUUCUUUCUCCCCGCACUCUGGCAACAGGAGCCCCUAGCAUUUGAUCCAGAACAAAGACACUAGACAUGACGAUAUUCGGUGAUCUAGCGUUCAACAUCAGCAUUCCCAUGCCUCCGUGGGGACUGGUCUACAACCAUACCGGCACCACAACCGAUCUUAUUGUUAACUACACAUAUGCUGUCUUUAUCCUCCUCUCAACUGCAGUCGCGUUGAUACUCAACCCAAUUGUGUUCUACUACAACCACAAGCAGAAACUCUCCAUUGCAUCGCUUCUCUUCCAGAUUUUGGCCAUCUUUGACUUCGCCCACUCGGCCUACAGAUCAACCUACCAGACUUACAUCCUGUUCAAGCCCGGCAUUGAGACUUUUGCUGUAAUGAGUCCGUCUGUGAUAAGCAAGGUGGCGACAGUGGUAACAUACACUAUUGGUCAGAGCAACAUCUCCCUUACAGGACUCAUGGCUUUAGUGAGACUCAUUCAAAUCAGGUUUCCAUUCUGGGCCUUCAGUCACGGUACCCACAUAUUUCGACUUUCAGUCGCAAUGAUAGUUCUAGAUAUAAUUUACAACGCUACUGCUAUAACAGUUUACAUACUCUGUUAUAAGAACUCAAUAUUUCUGUCUGUAACUCAAACAGUGUGGGCUCUUCCUGAAGAUAUGAUAACGUUUCAAGACGCCAAUGCUUUGAACUGGGUUAUAUGGAUGUUCUUCUCAGGACCAUACUACUUGAAAACGGGGCUAACCCUGCUCACCUCCAUCCUGACAAUGUUAGCCCUCAGAACUUCAGAUGAACAGGAGGGACUCAGCAAAUCUCAACACAAAAGCAUUGUUACAAUCCUGAUCCUCAACUUGGCUCCCCUGCUCUGGAUCAUUCUAAUGGUAGCAAGUCAGGUGAUAUUGGAUAACACCAAAGAUCCCACCAACUUCACCUACUCGCACGUGUAUCUCAUAUAUCUGUCCUUUGUGGGGAUGCCAGUGUUUCUGACUGCUUACAAUCCACUGGUGUUGUGCUGCAGAAGCUCGGGUAUUAGGAAGAUGAUGACGAGCUGGAGGGAUAGUUCUAGAAUUGUAAAUGAGUGGUACUCGGGUAGUAGAUCCCAUUUGUUGAAGAAUCAGGGCAUGUCAACGACAGAGUCUACUAUCAGCCCGGUUUCACACGAAUUCUAAAAUAUAAUGCGGUUUGAAGCAGUUUUUAAAGCUAUUUACCUGGCUAGUCAUUGACUACUGAUUACCAUAGGGCAUAGCCCAUGACCCUUUUAAAGUUUUUCUUUUCUUUUUGUGGAAGGACAUUUUAGAUAGUUGUUGGUUGAAGUUUGCUCCUGAGAUCAUUAAAAAUAACUUCUCGCUAUCUGUUAUAAGUACUUUAAUUCAAUCCCAGUGAUCUCAGUGACUAAUUUUAACUGAUAUAAUCGAUGUAUUUAUAAAUGUGUAUUGUGUAUAAUGUCAUUAAACAGCUUAUGAUUAUGUGAUAUUUGAUAAAGAAUUAAUUUCUCAAUUUGUACCCUUUUUUGUUCGUACCUUUUAUGUAGAUUAUCUACAGUAGAUUAAAUUAUUGUCAAACUUGAUAUUUAAUUUUGUACGUCUGAAGAGUAUUACGAAUCUGAAACAACCGGCUCGUCAUUUUUACCAGCUUUUAGUUUAUUGACUUUAUAAAUCAUGGUGUUCUGGGAUCAAAAGAAUAAAUUCAUUCAAGCCAAUACCAAAUUACCCAAUCAUUACACAAACUGAAGCUCGGAAAGAAUUUCAAAAGGAUACAUAAAGUAAACAAGGUGCAUCAUGCAAACCAUUGUAAACUACG